UAUUUCGCUACUUUGACGUUUUCGUUUCAGCACGUCAUUGACGUCAUGGAUGACGUAUUCGUACUUCAAAGAGACGUAGGUACUUUUUACUCACAUCAGUCAUAAAAUUUCCAAGAAUACAAUAAAAUCUGGUACGUUGUAGAACUGUCCUCUGAACCAGAUCUUAACUAUCAGUCGAAGUGUUAAGUGAUCGUUACGGCAACUAAGUUAGCUUGUGAAAAUUGCAUUUACAAUUUAGUGAUUCGUAUUAGUUGGUAAACCAAACAGAUUAAGAAAAGAUGACAUUCCAAUCACCAAUGCCAAGCCGAGAGUUCCUUUGGGAUGUAUUUAGAAGAGUGGACAAGGACCGCAGUGGCUACAUAUCUGCUGAUGAGUUGCAACAAGCUCUCUCUAACGGAACAUGGAACCCAUUUAACCCUGAAACUGUCCGUCUUAUGAUUGGUAUGUUCGACAAACAGAAUAGAGGUGUGAUCAACUUUGAAGAUUUUGGUGCACUGUGGAAGUAUGUGACUGACUGGCAAAACUGCUUCCGAUCCUUCGACAGGGAUAAUUCUGGCAACAUUGAUAAGAUGGAGUUGAAGAAUGCACUCACAGCAUUUGGGUACAGAUUAUCAGAUGAAGUUGUUAACAUUAUGGUACAGAAGUUCGAUAGAUUUGGCCGCGGCACCAUCUUGUUUGAUGAUUUCAUCCAGUGCUGUGUCACUUUGUAGACUCUAACGUCAGCAUUCCGCCAAUUCGACACAGACCAAGAUGGAGUGAUAACUAUUCACUAUGAACAAUUCCUGAAGAUGGUGUUCGGAUUAAAGUGUUUGCCGUAAACAUCGCAGUUGACAAGGUCCCGGAAAACUGUUUCGUACAGCCAACUCAUACCCACCAAAAUAAAUAAAACCAUCAAAGGUAAUCAUCUAAUAACAAAAUAACGAAAUUGUCUCAAACUUUUAAUAUUUUUUUUAGAAAAUGCAUUAUUUCUUGUAGCUAGUAGCUAAAAAUAGUUGCUUAUAACUUCGCUAUGCAAACUUUUUUGACCAAUUUUACAAUGCUCAAUGAUAGAAAAACAAACUAUUUCGAAUAUUUCGAUGUUAAUUCAUCUGAUUUUAGAAUUUUACACUGAAUGUAACGAAGUGAUCUAAUAAAGAGAUCUUAUACUUAAUAUUUGGUUUAUAUUACUUAAAUUGGAAACUAAAGCUCAAAUUCUACCUGUGCCUAUAACUUCUAUUUCAUGUAACCUUCAUAAUAAUAUACACUACUGAAUGGUCACUAUUUUAUAAGAUAAAAGUGUAUAUGCAUGUUGGUGUACUUAUAAAAUGUAUGUAAUAUUGUAUUUAAUCAAUUCUCUAUGUUUAAUGUAAAUAAAAAAAAUAUGCAGUGUUAUUUUAAAUUAGUUAAAAGUCUGGAGACUUGUGUGAAAAUCUAUUUGAUGUCUAUUUACUAGAUAUUAAUGUUAUAGGUAAAUGUUCAAGUCUAAGUAGGACCUGUUGUGACAGCAUUUAAAUUUUAUUCAAUGUAGAUGUCAUAAUAACAGUGAAGUUUCACCAACUAAUUAAAAAUAACCCUGUUAUCUUACCUAUAAAGUAAUUAUAAAUCUUUAAUAAGUACAUAAGAUUAUUUUCAUUCUAAUAUUCCUGCAUUUUCUGCAAGAUAAAUGUUGAUCAGUGUAACUGUAAGAUUUUAGGGAAAACAUUGCAUUUCCUAUUUAUAGUUUAAAACUAUAGCUGCAUUAUACAUAAUUUUUAAUGUGUACUGUUAUUAUUUUGUUAUGUUUAUGUCUGUCCAGCUUAUUAUGUAUGAUUAUGUGCAAUGUGCAUUAUUGUGUAUAUUUUCUGUUCUGAUAAAGACAAAUAAAAGUUUUUGAUUAAGCAAUUAUUAAUUUUAUUGAUCAUCAAUUUUGUUAUCUUUUAAGUGUUUGUGGACACUGCUAUUAUACUUAAAGUAUCAAUAUUUUAAGAGACAAGUUAUAAUAUCUUGAUUAUGCUAAUUUAAAUUAUAUCUAGGAAAAAAGUAUCAAAAUAUAGGUUUAUUCUUUCUUCAGACUUUUUAUUUUCCAUGCUCCAAUGGUGUAUUUGAGCCAGAUGAGACCUAGGUCACAGCCCAUUUGGAUCCAGGAGAAAACUGGAGUCACUUUGGAUCCUUCUAUUUCAGUCCAUCUGACUGGAAUCUCAGCAAUUGGAAUGUUUAGCCUUUGUGCUAUGUACAGUAUUUCUACGUCGAAUGCCCAUCUGUUUACAUGUAAACUUUUAAAACAAAUGUUUGCUGCUUUCCUAGUGAACAGCUUGAACCCGCACUGCGUGUCUUUCACACCUUUGACAGUGAACAGCCAUACUAGGAAGUGGAACCCAUACAUCAGAAUAUUCCUAAAUACACUGCGUGUAGCCAAAGACUCCUUUUCAAGAUGUGCUCUAGAGCCAAUCACAAUGGCUAUACUGUUGCUGACAUCAUUCGGUUGAAGUAUUGGGUCGUAACUUAGCUCCUUGAGUGCUGUUUCUAGUUUUGUUAAGUCCUCAAACUUAGAUGCUCCAUCUGCAUCAGCAAACAAUAUGCUGGCUCCUCUGCAGCUUUCUAUACCCAGACGGACAGCUCCUCCCUUUCCUCUGUUUUUUAUAAGUUCCAAACACCUAAUUUUCUCACAGCCAUAUUUUUCAGAGUAACUUUCAGCCACUUGGACAGUUUUAUCUUUGCUUCCAUCGCUGACAACUAUUAUUUCAUAUUUGUAUGAAUGGUGUUCUUUCACUCUGCCCUCCAAAAACUCUAUAGCCUCAUCAAGCAUGGGUGGUAAUCUCUCCUCCUCAUUGUAGGCUGGCACUACAACACUGAGGUGGACACUGUGUGGGUCUUCAAUGUUGGGAAAUGCCACUCUUUUUUUACUUCUAGGGUCAUUAUAUGUUUUCUCUUCUUCGAAACGUUCCAUUUCAGGGUACGGGCUAGUUACCAGGUAAAUAAAGAUGCAUAUCGUCAUAAGCAAGGCUAUAGCCGCUGCUAAACCGUAAGUAAAAAUAAGCCAUAUAAAUACAAUAAGAUCCAUCGUAUUACUUAUAAUUACUUCUUGCUGUUUAAAUUAUCCUAUAUCUAUUGUACAAAAAUUUACGCUAAGAGAUUAUUCAUAUCAAAAACACCGACUGUAUAGUGUAAUGUCAAACUUGCAACGUGACAG